AAUUGAUAUAAAUAUUUGGAAAAAAGAGUAAUAAACACAGUACCCACAUUUUGCUUUCAUUGAAGCAAACACGCCCUUCUAGGACUUCUGAUCAUCAACAGAUAAGAGCAAGAGCAAGAGCGAGCGUUGAUUUUCUUCGAUCGUCUUCUUCACGAGGGAGAAUGGCAAAGAGUUAUUUCAAACAAGAGCAUGAUCUUGAGAAGAGAAGAGCUGAGGCUGUUAGGAUUAGAGAGAAAUAUCCAGACCGUAUUCCGGUAAUUGUGGAGAAGGCAGAAAGAAGUGAUAUCCCAAGUAUUGACAAGAAGAAGUACCUCGUCCCAGCUGAUCUCACAGUUGGACAAUUUGUCUAUGUUAUCCGCAAAAGAAUUAAAUUAAGUGCAGAAAAGGCAAUUUUUAUAUUUGUGGACAAUGUCCUUCCACCUACAGGAGCAAUUAUGUCUGCCAUAUAUGAUGAGAAAAAGGAUGAAGAUGGGUUUCUUUAUGUUACUUACAGUGGGGAGAACACCUUUGGAGAUCUUACUUCCCACUAGGAUUUUAUAGCUUCACACUAUAUGAUCCAAUUGCACCGUCAUUGUCUUGUCUCAUAAAUUUGUGAUGGUACUCAAUAUCAAACAACAUUGCUCUCAAUGUCAUGUGCAGUUGUAUAUAAAUUCCAAUAACAUGUUCAAUGUUAACAAGUUUCCUUGUUUUCAGUGUUUCAA